GACCGGCGAGGGCUUGCAGGAAAGAUGGAGAGUCCGAUGUUGGGUACAGUGGAGACUGCGGAUAGCGGAGGGGCCGGGCCUUGCACGAACUCGGAGGAGCGGGAGGGCCGGGAACCUGAGGGGGUGCGAUUCGACCACGAGAGGGCGCGCCGCCUGUGGGAAGCAGUGUCCGGCACCCAGCCGGUGGGGAGGGAGGAAGUGGAACACAUGAUCCAGAAGAACCAAUGCCUCUUCACUAAUACCCAGUGUAAAGUUUGCUGCGCCUUGCUGAUUUCUGAAUCCCAGAAGCUGGCACAUUACCAGAGCAAAAAACAUGCUAACAAAGUGAAGAGAUACCUAGCAAUCCAUGGACUGGAGACAUUAAAGGGGGAAAUGAAGAGACUAGACUCAGAUCAGAAGAGCAGCAGAAGCAAAGACAAGAACCAGUGCUGCCCCAUCUGUAACAUGACCUUUUCCUCCCCUGUUGUGGCCCAGUCGCACUACCUGGGGAAGACCCACGCAAAGAACUUAAAGCUGAAGCAGCAAUCCACUAAGGUGGAAGCCUUGCACCAGAAUAGAGAGAUGAUAGACCCAGACAAGUUCUGCAGCCUUUGUCAUGCGACUUUCAACGACCCUGCCAUGGCUCAACAACAUUAUGUGGGCAAGAAACACAGGAAACAGGAGACCAAGCUCAAACUCAUGGCGCACUAUGGGCGGCUAGCGGACCCUGCUGUCACUGACUUAUCAGCUGGGAAGGGCUACCCCUGCAAGACGUGUAAGAUAGUGCUGAACUCCAUAGAACAGUACCAAGCUCACGUCAGCGGCUUCAAACACAAGAACCAGUCACCAAAAACAAUGGUAUCACCCUUGGGCCAGAUUCCAGUACAAAGGCAACCCACUCAGAAAGACUCAAGCACCUUAGAAGACUAGAGGUUUCUGUCUAGCACUCCACACUGGACCAGCCAAGAGCCAGCUUCCUAUGACUGUGGUCAGCCCCUGGCUCCCUCUUCCUCCUUUCUUACAGUAGGAGAAUAAGUAGYCCAGAGGAAGAAUUGGG